CCCAGAGAUAGUCCUCGCAGAGAUUUCUCAAGUGCGCGUUAUUUGCGCCCCAGAACAAGAACCACCAGUGGUUCUGGGGCGGAAUCUGCCGGAGUGCGGGCACGGUUGGAAGGCCAUCGUCUGCCCCGCCGCAUGUGCCUGCCCUUCCUUGAAGGUCGACCAGGCUGGCUUACUGAAGAGCCAACGCCGGUCUAAGGCAUGGAUGGGUUUUUAAGAUCCGAUGAGAGACAAAGACUAGCCAAAGAAAGACGAGAAGAAAGAGAAAAAUGUCUCGCUGCCCGAGAGCAACAGAUCCUGGAGAAACAGAAAAGAGCCAAGCUCCAGUACGAAAAGCAAAUUGAGGAGCGAUGGCGGAAACUGGAAGAGCAGCGGCAGCGGGAGGACCAGAAGAGGGCUGCUGUGGAAGAGAAGAGGAAACAGAAGCUCCGGGAGGAGGAGGAGCGGCUGGAGGCGAUGAUGCGCAGGUCCUUGGAGCGCACACAGCAGCUGGAGCUGAAGAAGAAGUGUUCGUGGGGAGCAUCGUCUUCGCUGGCAGGGGGGCCAGGAGGACGAGAUGCAUCUGACAAACUUUCAACAUCAACCAUGAAUUUGCCAAAGCAGAUGGAGCCUCCCAUGAGUAAGCGCCUGUCUUCCUCCACCGUGGCAAUAUCCUAUUCCCCAGACCGAGCUCAUCGCACGCACCUUAGUCCCACGGAGCCCUUUCUUAUGCGACUAUUGACACCCACACAGGCUUCUCUAGCCAGAAGCAGAAGUUCACUCAUGCUCUCUGAGCAGGCCAAUGACUCAGCUCCUGCUGGCCCUCUUAAAUCUUCCUACAAGUCUUCUCCCACUCGGAACCCAGAGAAAAAGAAAGCUCCAUCUUCAUCUGGUGGAGGAGAUGCUGGAAAGGGAGCCCCGGCAGGAGCAGAGUCCUCUCCGACACAGAAGGCGAAGAAGGGGCAGCGAACAACUAAUUCCAUUCCCAGUGUGGGCCUGGGGUCCCCUCUGAAAAGAUGUGAUUUUCCAGGAGGUGUUUCUAAGAGAUCAUCUUCUCCUGUGACAUCCAAGACAACUGCAAAAGCAUAUCCACAGUCUCCAAAGAACGUGAAGCCACCGUACCCAGGAUCUCCAGGGAAAUACCGCAGUCCAACCUUUCCCAACCAAGAGACACCCAAGAAGAAAGCAGAGAAAGAGAAGAGCAACAAGGAGCGGGAAGGCACCGUGGGGCAGCAGGCGAUCAGCCCACCCGGAGAGGAAGCCCCUGAGAAGCACGUGGCAGACAAGCACGUCACAGAGAAGCACGCAGCAGCCGGAGCAAAGGCCGAGGGCAGUGCAGGGAAGCCCCCAGCAGGCACCACCGAUGCAGAAGAGGCUUCGAAGAUCCUGGCUGAAAAGAGACGCCAGGCCCGACUGCAGAAGGAGCAGGAGGAGCAGGAGCGGCUGGAGAAGGAAGAACGAGAUAGGCUGGAGAGAGAGGAAUUGCAAAGAAAGGCAGAAAAGGAAAGAAUUCGUUUAGAAGAGGAAACCCAUAAGUAUGAAGAAGAAAAGAAGCUGCAGAAAGAGGAAGAGAAAACAAAGAUAGAAGAGGAGGCCAAGCAGAAAGCCAAGGAAGAGCUAUUGUUGAAAGAAGAGCAAGAGAAAGAAAAGCAAGAGAAGGAAAACCAAGAAAAGGCCAUGGUUGAAAAACAGAAGGAAGCAGCAGAAGCAAAGGCCCAGGAGGCAGCUAAACAGAUGCGUCGAGAAAGAGAACAGAUCAUGCUGCAGAUUGAGCAGGAGCGACUAGAGAGGAAGAAGAGAAUAGAUGAAAUCAUGAAGAGAACAAGGAAGAGUGAGGUGUCCCCAGAAGUUAAGAAAGAAGACCCCAAAGCAGAACUUCAACCAGCUGUGUGCAUGGAAAAUAAGACAAAGCCAGUUGUCCCCAACAAAAUAGAAAUCAGUUGCUUGAACACCAGCCAGGAAGUUAAUGGUGUGGGGCGCUCUGCACCGGAAAGUUUUCCCCGAGAUGUUUUCUCUAAUGGACUUAAACCAGUUGGGGGACUUGUUCAUCUGGACACCCUGGAUGGAAAAUCAAACAGUCUGGAUGAUUCAACUGAGGAAGUUCAGUCUAUGGAUGUGAGCCCCGUCUCAAAAGAAGAGCUUAUCUCCAUCCCAGAAUUUUCCCCAGUGAGUGAAAUGAUUCCUGGGGUGUCUCUGGACCAAAACGGAACUGGUCAUGCCCGGGCACUUCAAGAUCUCUUAGAUUUCACCGGCCCCCCCAUGUUUCCCAAGAGAUCCAGUGAAAAUCUCAGCCUGGAUGACUGUAACAAAAACCUGAUCGAAGGAUUUAACAGUCCUGGCCAAGAAAAUACUUUGAACACCUUCUGUUGACAAAUACAGCAUCACUUUAAUGAAAGGUGUUUGGAGCACCCAUGAAGCUGCUGGUAGUCAGAUCGGCUGCCAGCUCUCUGAAGAAGCUUCCAUCGUCUUUACCCACUGGAUUGCAAUUUAUUAGAGCGAAAUGUAACUGCAUUCUUAGUUAGUAGGUCACACACUGGCCGCUCUUGGUAGAAACCUUGAGGUGUCGGCUUUGUCCGGCUUUAGCGAAGUUUCAUGUUCUGGUUCUAUUUAUGAGCUUCAGCUGCUGAUGAAGCGCUUCCUGUGCUGCUCUAGUAUCCUAGUGACCCUCCGCGUAACGGAGUGACUCUGGCCUGGACCUUAGAAGCAUCCUUAUUCCCAAAGGUGGAGCAUAUAAACAUUUAGCUGUCUUUUCUUGUAAAUAUGCUAGGCAUUCACCCAGACUCUACCUAAAUACAUCCUGAACUUGGGCUCAUAGCUCCUGUUUUUAUGUAGAAUGACAAAUCCAGAAGGGUUCCCCUCUGGGGCUUCUCUGAUGGAAGUUCCUGCGAAGAAACUGUUUUUUAUUACACCUAGCUACCUGCAAGACAUGUCGCCCCAUGUUACUCGGGGUGGGGGGGCGGGUGAAGGGCUAAAGGAUGAUGUCUAGUUGAGGAAGGAAGCCAUUAAACAGUGGGUAAAGUUCUUAGCAUAUUUUUCUACAAAUGGGCACCGGACUCGAGCAAGGAGCUUUGCAUGUUGCAGCGCAGAGGCUGCAGGCUGUAGUCAUGGAAGCCAUGCAGGCUGCUGGACCGACUGAAGCGGCGCUCACGCACAGGUGGUCGAGUCUCAAGUUGGUGGUGAUGGCUUUUCUCUUGGGUCUGGGAGGUGAGGGGCUUUUGUUUGGUUACACCUGUGUUGCUCAACUCUGAUGAAGCCAGGCGCCAAUGAAGUAAGAUUCCCGAACUGGAUCCAGUGUGUCACUUGAAUGGACUUGAACUUAAAGAACAUCCAAAUGGGGGACAUGACGCCAGAACGUAUUUUCCACGCAUUCCAUGCUGUGUAGCAGUGUCCUCUUAAUUUCUUGUGGGGAAAUGAGACUUCCAGAUCAACAUGACCCUUCUUUGAUUUUUUUUCCAGCUAUUACAAUAGGGAGCUUAGAAAGAUCUGUAAUUCUGAGAGAUUUGCAACCAGAAGACAUAAAGAAGUAAUCAGUAGUAAUUUUUUGCUUUUAAAACCAGCUACAGUUUAACUGUUAUGGAAGCUGUAUGUUUGUGUCUGUGUAUAUACUAAAUAAAAUUGUCUCCAAUGCCA